CAUGAGCAAGAUCAUCUUCUACGAGGACAAGAACUUCCAGGGGCGGUCCUAUGAGUGCGACACGGACUGCUCCGACAUGCACGCCCACUUCGGCCGCUGCAACUCCAUCCGCGUGGAGAGCGGCUGCUGGGUGCUGUAUGAGCGGCCCAACUACGCAGGGUACCAGUACGUGCUGACCCGCGGAGAGUACCCCGAGUAUCAGCGCUGGAUGGGCUACAACGACACCAUCCGCUCCUGCCGCACCUUCUCCUAUACCAGCGGCGGGCCCUACCGCAUGCGCAUCUACGAGAGGCAGGACUUCCAGGGCCAGAUGAUGGAGUUCAGCGAUGACUGCGAGUCGGUCCAGGACCGCUUCCACAACCGCGACAUCUACUCCUGCAACGUGAUGGACGGCUACUGGACCUUCUACGAGCACCCCAACUACAGGGGGCGCCAGUACUUCAUGCGGCCUGGAGAGUACCGGAAGUUCAGCGACUGGGGUGCCACCUGUGCCACCACGGGCUCCUUCCGCAGGAUCACCGACUUUACCACGGCUGUUUCUUCUCAGAUUGUUUUCUACGAGAACAGAAACAUUGGCGGCCGUUUUCAUGAGUGUAUGGGCGACUGCUCUGACCUGCACUCCUUCUUCAACCGCUGCCACUCCAUCCGCGUGGAGAGUGGCUGCUUCAUGAUCUAUGAGCGCCCCAACUACAUGGGCCACCAGUACUUCCUGAGGAGAGGAGAGUACUCUGACUACCAGCAAAUGAUGGGAAUGACAGACUGCGUCAGGUCCUGCCGCAUGGUCCCCAUGUACAAUGGUUCCUUCCGGAUGAGGAUGUACGAGCGCGCUGACAUGGGCGGCCAGAUGAUGGAGCUGAUGGACGACUGCCCCAACAUGAUGGACCGCUUCCACUGGUCCGACGUCCACUCCUGUAACGUGAUGGAAGGCCACUGGCUGUUCCACGACCAGCCCAACUACAGGGGCAGAAUGUACUACAUGAGGCCUGGAGAGUACCGCAGGUACAGCGACUGGGGCGGCAUGAGCUCCAGGAUCGGCUCCAUCAGGCGCAUCAUGGAUUACAACUGA